AUGGUGUCGCGCGGUUCAAACGAAAAUGGAAGCGUGUUUUCAAACGUUAAGGUUAUACUGGUCGCGGUACUGUCCUGUUAUUGGAUACAAGUAUUACAAGCCACCGAUCCAGUCACAUGUCUACAGUGUGAUAAAGUCACGUCCCUGGAUAACUGCAAUGCGACUGUAACUUGUAGAAAUAACCAGGUCUGCUUCGUUGAAAGAUUAUCAGUUCUAAAUGGGACAGAUCAUAAUUCUUCAGGACAGCAAAGAGCGGAGGUUAUCCUUUACAGUGCUGGUUGUAAGGAAUCGGAGCGUUGCACGGAGGUGAACUGUAAUGGUGAUGUCAUGCAAGCCGUAGCCAAUGGUUAUGACGGCGUUCGUACUUACCAUCACUGCUGUUCAUCUCACGUUUGUAAUGUACAAGGUUUCCAUUCAACAGAGAGUGACCCCUGGAACCGUUUUUGCCUAACAUGUAGCAAUGCCGCCACAGUAGAAAACUGCACAACGAUCAAGCAAUGCGGUCAGGAUCAGAUGUGUUCUUCGUCACUACUGUACCCUGAUGCCAGUAUGAAAUUAGAAUGCCUCUCCAAAAAGGUGUGUGACGUCGUCAGCGGAAGUAGGAGGAAACGACUACGUAACGGUGAUGUCCUGAUGACAAGAUGUUGCAAGGGCCCUUUGUGUAACAAUCAGAAUAUGUAUGGUACACCGCCUCCAGCCACCGCUACAUCAGCAAACCCACAGACAUGUCGGGAGACAGAAAUGUUCAAAUUUUCAACAGCAGUCCCAACAACGACGACUCCUCAUUCGCGUGCACCACCCUUGCCAAAAACGCCAACACCAAGAGCUGAGGUGGACAGAAUUCCUGUACCUACUCCCCCAUCUCCAGCACCAUUAUCAUCGAUCACUCCUAGACCAACUCCGCCUACUCCAGCUUCAGUUAUCAAUACCACUCCUAGACCAACUCCACCUACUCCAGCUCCAGUUAUCAAUACCACUCCUAGACCAACUCCGCCAACUCAAGCUCCAGUUGUCAAUACCACUCCUAGACCAACUCCGCCUACUCCAGCUCCAGUUAUCAAUACCACUCCUAGACCAACUCCACCUACUCCAGCUCCAGUUAUCAAUAUCACUCCUAGACCAACUCCGCCAACUCAAGCUCCAGUUAUCAAUACCACUCCCAGACCAACUCCACCAACCCCGGCUCCAGUUAUCAAUACCACUCCUAGACCAACUCCGCCAACUCCAGCUCCAGUUAUCAAUAUCACUCCUAGACCAACUCCGCCAACUGCAGCUCCAGUUAUCAAUACCACUCCUAGACCAACUCCGCCAACUCCAGCUCCAGUUAUCAAUACCACUCCUAGACCAACUCCGCCUACGCCAGCUCCAGUUAUCAAUACCACUCCUAGACCAACUCCGCCAACUCCAGCUCCUUUUAUCAAUACCACUCCUAGACCAACUCCGCCAACUCCAGCUCCAUUCACCAAAACUACUCCUAGACCAACUCCACCUACUCCAGCUCCAUUCACCAAAACUACUCCUAGACCAACUCCACCUACUCCAGCUCCAGUCAUCAAUACCACUCCUAGACCAACUCCUCAAACUCCAGCUCCAGUUAUCAAAACCACUCCUAGACCAACUCCGCCUACUCCAGCUCCAGUUAUCAAUACCACUCCUAGACCAAAUCCACCUACUCCAGCUCCAGUUAUCAAUACCACUCCUAGACCAACUCCACCAACUCCAGCUCCAGUUAUCAAUACCACUCCUAGACCAACAGGUGUCGUGCAGUCGUGUAGUGACAAACCUGGGAUUCGUUGCGAGUUCAUGGCAGAAAUCCACAUCUGUUCUGUUCAUACUCUAGCGGUUGCAUACUGUAAAAACUUUUGUGGUUUGUGUAAAGCUUAG